UAGUUGAUCGGUUUUCGGAAAAUUUAAUCAAUCGCGUGACUUGAGUUUUUGCCAGAUUUUAUCUUCUGUCAUAGCAAACAUUAUUUAAAGAUAUAGGUUUAGUGAUUAAAACAUACCGUUCGAUUUGUUUCAAAUGACUUUAGUGUUGACAUUUGUAAACGCACGAUAGUUUUAAACACAUUCAGCGUAAUCCCGUGGACUGCACUUUAAGAAGUUAUAUCUUGUGGAAUAUUCCAAAAUGGAGAUAAAAGAAUUUAACAUCAAACCAAGUUCUAAUCGUAGGUUGUUGGUGCAACAGGUUGAACAACAAUCAGUGUUAUGUGACAUCAAAGUGAAGAUGGGACAGUGGGAGAGAAGAUUUCACCGAUGUGUUUUGGCUGCCAGUCCAUUUUUUGAGCAUGCGAUGAAAAGCAACUUCAGGGAAAGAGUUACAGGAGUUAUUCAAAUUUCCGUUGGAACACCAGAAACUGUUGAACAAGCGUUGAUGUUUUUAUAUGGAAAGAAGCCAGAAAUUACAGAGGAAAACGUAGAAUCCCUUUUAACAUUGGCAGAAUUCUUGAUGAUUGAAAAUCUUAAGUCGUUGUGUAUCAACUGGCUUAGGUCAUGCGAUAUCUCAGACGAAGACUGCAUUACAAUUCUACAUUUAUCCUCUGUAUACAACUUCAAAGUCCCUGAUCUGAACAAAUUUAUCGAGGGUCAUUUGUUGCGCCUUCUACAGAAGCCGCAAAUGGUAAUCCUCACAAAGGAUUCUGUAGAACAUCUCUUAUCUAACAGAAGACUUACAUAUGUUUCGACGGAAGAAAAAUUAAAGUUUUUAGCACGCUGGUGUACAGUGAACACUGAUGAGAGGAAGCAAAGUGUUAAAGAGCUGUUGAACAAAAUCGAUUUUGACGAUGUAGACAAACAUGUUUUAGAGGAUAUCAUCCAAGAUUCACCUCUUCGUGACAUAGAAGUUUGUAUAAAUGCUUUAGAAAAACGUCCGUGUAAUAUUUCAGGCAAUCACAAGGUUUUACUCGUACCAGAUGGUAAAAAGAAAGGUUGUUUUUGGUGUUUGGAUUUAAAUAGACAAGAAUGGUACAGGAUGGACUAUGUAUAUUUUACAGAAACGUACACAAAAAUUGAGGACUUGUAUCCAAAAGUAGCUGGUGCGAGAAAUUCCUCUGAAUUGUACUUUGUCAAUAUUCAGUAUCCAACACGUAGCGUUUUUUGUCUAAAUCUCGUGACAGAUGAAUGGAAAAUGUAUCGAAUUGUUCUCCCCACUGCUUACAGAAUAGAACACUUCUGUAUGCACAAGGACAUUUGUUUCGCUUGCACUAACUGUUCACAGCCCGGAAGAAAUGACACCUCCGUGGUAUACGCUGGAUAUGCAGGCAGAAAAUCUUUCCAUCUUUCUCCCAUUUUUGCUUUGAAAGACCAAAUGAUAUGCUAUUUCUGUUUCAACGAAUCGUCAACAUUAGCAGUUGUUACAAAGUCAGCGAAGUGUGUAUUUCUUUACGACUUUGCGAAUUUCAAAUUAGUGAAAGUACCUUUAGGCAUCACAGCAAUGGACAAGAUUAUUCCGACUCGCAAUGGAUUUGUUUUGUUCAAUCAAGCACGCUGUGUCUUCAUCUCACGCUUAAUGGGUCCGUGUCUUUCGAGAGAGUAUUUGAUUCAAAAAAUAAGUCUUCUGAUGGAAGAAAAUUCAGACAUUAAAUCUGAAUUUUAUUUUUGUGGCGAAUAUUGCUUCCGUUACAGUGAAGAUAGCAUGGCACGUAAAUUGGCUCUACACUAUGUAACUCAUGAUGAAAUGCUGAAUACUGGCUGCGCAAACAACUGGAAGCUGCUUCCACUACCUGGUGAUAAUGAAAAUAGAAAUAAAAAGUUGUUCCUGUUAGGAAAUCAUAUGAGAAAUAGUCGUCUGGGACGGUUUAUGCAAACUUCGUGGAAAAAUGGACGACAAUGUAUGGUGGAGAUUCCGAAAGGAAAAUUGAGAUGUCAGAUUGAUUGUCCACAUUGUAAAGUUAUCCAUCGUGAUGAAUUCACCGAACGUGAUGACAGUGAUAUAGAAUCGUAUGAAUCUGAAUCCUCUAAUAUAUCAUCAUAUGAUUGUGAGUCUGUGGAUAAAGAUUCUGAAAUGUCGCAUGAAUCUGACUACUCUGAAACAUCAUACGAAUCUGAGUCUGAUUACAAUUUCGAUUUUAUGUAACAUUCCUGACAAAACUCCCUAUGGAAUUUUUAGCUACACGCACAAAUUCGCAACAGAUCGGGAUUGGGAGUGCAUGAAAAUGCAAGUUUUGCUCAUGAAAUAAUGCUGGUCUUAAACCUUUUUUUUUAAAAAAGUAUUUGUGAAAUUAUCCCAUUCAAUUCUUUCUAACUUGAAACUUGAAAGAAACGCACUUAUUCAAUGGACCUGUUACUUAGUAAACAUGACAUUUUAAGCAAUUUUCUGCGAAUGUAGUCAGUCAUACAAGUAUAUAACAUAGUUUUGCACAUUAUUGAUAUCGAAGUCCAGUGCGCUAUUGUCCGGAUAAUAACAAUUCACAUAUGAUCGUAAAUUACGAUUAUCCUGAAUAGUAUAAUAUUAAUAAUGAUGUACGUUUUGCCCAUAUAAAACAUUUUUAAAUGUCUUUCUAAUUCAUUUGCUUUCCAGUUUGAGUCAUGUAUAAUUUAUAAAGAAACAGAAGUAGAAAGUCGACAGUUUUCUGGUGACUUUUAUUCAUAAGGUUAAGAAAUAUACUAGUAGUGUUUAUUAAAAUAUACUAAGUAAUUUGGAUAAAAAUGUUUUCCCGUUGCUACUUUGCUAAGCCAUUAUAUCAAGAUUAAGAUUUGAACUUUGUUUCGGUGAAUACUUCGAGGUGUAGAUGUUCUCUGGACUGUUGGGGGGAUUGAUUCAAUCAUACGACAGGGUUUGCAUUCUGCGGUGCCUUUGGCAGAAGUCGUACUGUUACGAAGUUAUGUUCAGUUAUGUUCAAUUAUGUGCUUUUAUUUUAUAAACUUUCACCAUUGUAUCAUUUGUAUUAUAACUAAUAUAUAUAAUCUCUAUAUAUUACCUGUUACUUCUGUCCGCCCGCUUAGCUCAAGAGGGAGAGCGCAGAUCUACGGAUCGCGGGAUUGAGAAUUCGACGAGCGGGGCGUAUGUUCUCCGUGACGGUUUGGUCAAUGAAAUUGUGUCUGAAAUAAUUCGUCCUCCACCUCUGAUUCAAGUGGGAAAGUUGGCAGUUACUUGCGGAAAUCAGGUUUGUACUGGUACAUCUAACCCAGGAACACUGGUUAGUUUAACUACCCGCCGAUCCAUAACAAACAAACAACCAAAACCUAUUACUUGAUUUACAUAUUGAUACGAGGAAAGGAAAGGAUAUGCAAAAGUAAAAAGAAACUUGAGUUUAAUUUAUAUAAAUCUGGAACAACUGAUACGGGGACUGGAAUGCGGCAUUUAUCUUAGUUUAUGCUGUCGUCUAAUGGAAGCGUAUGCCGUAGGUUAUUCUGCUAUUAUCCACACCCUUGCGCCUUACAGUUUCAGUGAAAGUCUUGGAAAGCAAUUGUUGCAUUUUUUGUUGAAAUUAUUGCCUGCAUCUGUUUUUAAAUGGAAAAUAUCUACAUUACUGUUACAUUUCGCUCUGUGAAAAUGGCUUGUUUUAUCCAGAGAGAAAGACGUCGUUUUUUACAUGCUAUUUGCCUUGUUGAUUCAGAGUAUUUUGAUAAAAUUAGCAAGUCGAAGCUGUAAACUGUUGCCUGAAAAUAUUUUUUAUGAUAUUGCUUUGUUCUUCACCAUUUAAGUGAGUGUUAAACCUAAAGUAUUUUUCUGCAGUUUUAUCUAUAGUUUAGAGUAAUAAAUGUAACUUCGUUGCCGGCCUUUUUUAAAUUUCAUUGUUAUUAUAAUUUAAAUACAUCGUAUAUUUCACAAAUCGGAUUUACGAUUAAAUUAACUGUUGGGAGUUAAACAACAAUUUCGUUUGAGUCGUGCAAAAAGAAUGUUUCUGUAUGUAGAAAUCUAACAUUAUAAACAAUAAUUAUAAUUAUGACUCUACAAGAGUACUUUCUGCUGACAUUUUAUUUAUUCAAAACCAACUAAAAUCGAUACAGGUUUGAAUAUUUAUACAGGGAAAUGAGCUCGAGUUAGUUUAUAAUAAUUAAGCAUAUCACCACGUGCAGUCGCAUGCUGUUUUUCCUUCAGAAUCCCUUUAAAUCAAUCUCUGAUCAUCUAUAAUUAUCGCCAAUUAACAUGUGAUUGAUAAACCCUUUGAACAACAAGUGAUGCAGCUCCAUGAUUAACAGGAGGUAAUUACGCUAAUUACACGCUAAUCGAUAGUGGUGAAAACAAAAUAUCAAUCGCUAACGGCUGGCCGAUAUUUACAGGUAUGGACGACAGGAUUUGAGAUAAAUGUAUUGAUUUAUAUUGACUGUCUACUCCCCGUAUUAGACAUUCCUGUAUAAAUGUACUUUUUAAACUUGAUCAAUGAUCGUCCAAUUGUAAACAUUAUAUAUCGUCUUCUACAACGAUAAAAGAUAAUAUUUAAACACUAUUUGUUUAAUUAAGAUCAAUCGAUUUGUUCAGGCUUUGCAUGAUACGAUUUUUAAUGUAUUUUUCGAAAAUGCGUACGCUAUUGAAUAAAAAGGUGAUUUCUUUAUUAUUGAGAAACUGAAGAAAGCCUUAGAGAAAAAUAAAUGGAGGUCGAUGAGAACAAAACAAAGUCACAAUCAAACCGGGCAUUGCUUGUGCAGCAAGUUGAGGAACAGUCUAUAUUUUGCGAUAUCAGUGUAAAAUUAGGACACUGGG